GAGAUUUACUAUUCAUGUUACACUAACAAAGAAAACCAAUCCUCGUUUGGUCAAGUGCAUUCGACUCUGUAAAACACUUCCGACCCUCAGGCUUUCGCAAGUACUAGCGGAUUCUAUUGCUUUUUCUUGAGCUUUUGUAACGCGUUCGCCUGUUCCGAAGCCAAAAACAACAUGGGAAAAUCGAUCCGUUCCAAAAUCAAGAGAAAACACCGUGCCGAGUUUCGUGCAACCAUCGGAACAGAAGCUCACAACGAAGUCAUGGCCAAGGUACAAAAGAAUCUGCAAAGUUGUAUGCAGCGACAAACGUUAAAUUCCUUGGACAAGCUUUCGUCGCAGCUCACAACGGAUAUUACCGACAUUGAAGCUCCUGCCGCCGCGGCGGCUAUUGACGCUGCCGAGACGACACGCGCCGUACCGAGUCUACUCCUGUCCAAGGGUGAGAAUCAGGCACCCGUCGGCAAAAAAUCGCGACGACGCAAACACGGUUUGCAGUCGGCAGCCGAGAAGGGAAAAACAAAGACCACCCGGCCCAAACCGCGGUACUUUUGUGAAUUUUAACUGUAAGAAAGAUCGGUACGCCUUUUUCACCGAAAUAUAUAAGGAUUACUUUACGACAUU